CCCUUUAUUCGCCGUUUCUCUUCUGACACAUUAAAUGGGGAGGUGACUCUCCCUUACAUCAUUUUGCUUGCACUCUUUUCAGAGACUCUCUAAUGUCUAUUCAAAUUUCAUGCAUUUAAGGCUCUUUUCCUUACUCCAUGUAAGUUCCCUUUUCUCUUUAUCAUUUAUCUAUUGAUUUUUGUUGUUAUUUCUGUCUUUCCUUUUUAAAAAUAUGAAUCGCCUUAUAAAUUUCUUUGGUUCUGAGGAGAACCUCAUGAGUUUAAAACUCUCCACCAUAUUCCAGAUAAUGUCGUCGUUCGUUUGCCUACUGAUGAUGACGACAUUGUCGAGGAGUCUGAGGUUCGGAUACCUCUGCCUUUAUUGACAUUGUUGACGAGGGUGUCCGCUUUCCCCUACACCCCCUUUUUCGAGGGAGGUACUUUGCUUUUAUAGUGUUCCCCCUACUCAGCUUGCUCCUAAUUUCUUUAGGAUAGUGAUGGAGAUAGUUACUUUGAACGAAAUUUUGAGGAUAAACCUAGGCUCCCAGAGAUUAGAUAUUGCUACAACUUUGUCCCAACCACCAAGGAAAGAUUAAAUUUUUAUUUCAAGCCCAAAAAUAAGAAACGCCAGUUGGUUCAAAUGCUCUCUAACUCUGUGUGAAUGACAUUAUUGCGAUUGUUGAGGGAAACAGAGAGUUUUCCUUUGGUGCUGAUAGGGUAUGGCCCAUAUCCAAGGUCUUCGGUCGACCAGAUUUCACAAUUUUCGCUUAUCCCACUGAAUAAGAAGACUAGGCUAACAUCUCAUUCCUUUAGCAACAGAGGCUCUUCCAAGCAAAGUGGCCAAGGGUCGGGCAGCCUAUGUCCUUCUUUCUUACGUGCUACAUUGUUGUUACUACUGAAGGAAUCCCCAUCAGAGCUGACGGUGGUGUCGAUUUCUACUUGCUCCCUCAUCUUGAAGAGGAGCUAGUGGUUGAAGAGGUCCUUGCUGCAGAGGAAGAACAAAUCCAAGAGGAUCCUUUAAAUUAUAAGGCUACCAUUUCUGAAAUCAUGUCGCCGAAGAAUUUUCUGGUCAUCCUUGCUGAUCGGAAGUGUCAGAAAGAGGGUGGAUCAGUAUCCACCACUUUGGCUGCCUCUAAACAAUCACCAAUCAUAGUGGUUGAGGAUUCCCCUCUUGCCCCUUUUCUUGCAGUAACUAGUCCUGAUCUUCCUCCUCCCGAUCUGAGCUUUGGUAAGUGCCUAGUCGAACAAUCAACAGAGGAACGUGUGAAGCGUCGAGUUGACCCUUCUCUCACUCUUGUUGUUAUAUCCUCUCAAGAGGUAGCGUUUGCCAGCUCUCCUCUUAUUCUAAUGCCAGCUCUGAAGGACCGGCCACUUUCAGCACUAAUUCUGCGAUUGGCGAUGUCGAAGUGGCUUCUGCCGUGGUCCGCAAUUUCAUUCUCUCAGCAGACGAUGGUUGACUGCGCGAUCAGUCUGAUGUGGCCAUAUUCUCCCAAGCCCUGCACUUUUCUUUGGUGGUAUGUGUUUUGUUCUUUGUUUUUAUUUUCCUUCUUUUUCACACUUCCUGCUUUGCUAACACUUUAUUUUUACAGUGUCUUUAUUUUUCUCAUGAGGCCAUGUAUCAUCAUGAUAGACUCGUCCAAGCUGCUGACAAGCUCAAGUCCUCUAAAAAAAGGCUGGAUGAAAGGGUGAAGAAGCUAGAGCUUAGACUAGUGGCUUAUGAAGGAAAGGCAGUGGAGGCAGAGAAAAAACUUCAAACAAUAGAUGUUGUGCUAAAGUCCUCUGCUGAAGAGAUUGUCGUCCUAAAGGAGGAAAUAUAAUAGCGCUCCACUGUUUUUGAUGCGUCCAAGGCCAGUGAUGAGGCAACUAUUAAAGUUACAAAGGAUGAUAGAUGCAAUAAGGCCACAACCAACUAUGAGUAACAGUUCAUCAAGCUGGAGAACAUCCUUUUUGAGGAUGAAUGGAUGGCUGUUCUUCAAGCUGCUAAGGUUCUAAAGGGGUCCGAGCUGAUGAAGAACAUUUCCUACCCCCGUCCUAAGGCCUUGGAGAACCCAAAUGUGGAGGUUGCUGAUGUUGGCAGAGAUGAUCUCCCCGGCUACCAACUGAAGAAUUAAUUUUUAGCUUUUCUUCUUCUUCUUCUUCUUCUUCUUCUUCUUUUUUUUCUUUUUGUAUGUAAUUUUGAGAAUUGCCAUUGUUCAUUUUCUUUUUUCUUUUUUCUUUUUUUUUUUCCUUUUC